AUAUAUGAAUAAAUAAAUAAACGGGAUUGCAAAGCUGUUUCUGAGGGAGCUAGGGAGGACUGCAGUUGAUGGGGUAAAUCCCAGAUCAGGAAGGUGGGCACUGUCACGUAAAAGUAAGCAAUAGUCUUGUUGGUCUGAGUCCUGGGAAAUAUCAGGGCGACAGAGUAAGGACUUUAGCUCAAAUAUCAUCAGGACCUAAGCAGUGUUCAUUGCUAUUUUAACUUUUUUGUUUGCGGGGAGCGGGUUGGGGACGUAGGGUCUCCCUGUGUAGUCCUGGCUGGCUUAGGCCUCAUUAUGUAAACCAAACUGGCUUUGAACUCACAGAGAGCUGCCUGCUUCUGUGUCCCGACUGUUGGAAUUAAAACUGUGUACCACUUUUAAUUUUAACAUUUCUAUCUGAAAAUACUUUUAUAUAAAGGAAUAUUGCCUCUGUGUAAGUAAUCUUUCAAAAAAUGUUAACUGUUUUGGAAUUCUUGAUUCUCUAACAAGCGGCUUCUUCCAGGCUCCUUUUCUUUCCCGUGUCCCCACUAUUUCUCGGCCUUUCUACUUUUUCUCAGAAGAGAUACAGGGUGCUGAGAAGCACAUAGCCGCAGGAGAUCCUUGGCCCGGUUUGCUGUGUGCUGGCUCUCCGAAUCCAGGGCCUAAUCUCUGGCAUCUGGAUUCCGUGAUCCGGGGUGUCACGCUCUGACAAGUAUGCAGAGCCGGAGGGUGAAGGGUCCUAGGACUCAGAGCCUGGAGGACUGGUUUGGCUGGACAAACAUCUACCUGUGAGUGAGCAGGGAAGAGCGGAGGUCCAGGGCCCCCAGAGAAUGAGGGCACAGGCUGUAAUGCUGUCCAGUGCUCGGGCGAAGAACCUCAGCAUCAAGGAGCCCAGGGCUCCGAGAGGGAAAGAGAUGGCUGGACUGACAUGGUCCCCCGCCCCCUUGACUGGGUUACUCCUGGGUCCAUUUCUAACUGGGCCCCUAGGAGAGACAAAGUUAGGCUGCCAGAAAGAUAGGACGGACUUCUGGUUCCAGGAACAGGUUUGGGGUCUAGGAGGGGUCCUGAGGGGCAGCUCUGUGCUCGCCUUUUCUCUGAUGCCAACCUCAGUCCACAUGACACCGUGUCCACCGUGCAGGUCAAAGGCCACCUUAAAGUCGGGGCAACUGCCCGGCCUUGCCCAGGCGGGGAAGGAGUGAGCAGGGAAGAGAGAGAGGAGCGAGCAGGGAAGAGAGAGAGGCGUGAGCAGGGAAGAGAGUGAGAGAGAGGAGGCGUGAGCAGGGAAGAGAGUGAGAGAGAGGAGGCGUGAGCAGGGAGGCGUGUGAGUCAGGUGAACUGACUGUGGGGUAGUUAGGACUUGGGGCUGUGCAGUGUAGCAGAGUCUCGCAGAGGGAGGCUCCUGUAGAGAACAAAAGUGCCUGUCACACUUGGUGCCAGCUGGUUGCUUCCUGCUUCCCUGAGAGAGCUGAUUCCCCGAGGCUGAAGAUCCCCAGCCCCUGCUGGACCUAGCCCCCACGCCUCAAGGUGUCUUUCGCUUUCCUGAGUUCAAGGGUGAAUUGCAGUGGGCAUCACGCCAACCCUCUUUCCAUGAGGCUGCAGCCCUUCCGUGGCACCCGAGUCCAGAGGAGAACCAAGCUUGACCUUCCCGACCAGCGAAGGCCCAGCACAGCACUCCUCCUGUGGGGCACUGCCCACACCUUCCUGAGGCGCUGCUGGCAGAGCUGUGCCCACGUCCAGGCCGAGAAAGGCUUCAGGAGAGGCUGUGCAGGAACCCUGCCUGCAGCUCAGAGGUCCAGGCACACCUUUUCUGAGUAGCUACACAGCAUGUACCAGGCCUGUGGGAAACAUGGAGCUGGUGACAUCCUCGGGGUUGCUCAACUCUGCUCUCUCAUCCUCCUCCAACAUCGUAUUUGUGUGCAUGCGUACGCACGCCUGUGUGUGUGAGUGUAUGUGCGUGCUCCUGUGUGUGUUUAUGGUGGUGGGAGGCAGGAGGAGGCAGAAAACAGGUUAUUACAUAUUUGCGGAAGAGGCAGGAAACUUAACCAGGAGCAGGGUGUGCUGUCUCUGGGGAGCUCUCUGGAGGACAGGAUCCCUGACAGGAAGUGGGGAGCUCUCUGGAGGACAGGCUCCCCAACAGGAAGUGCCCAUGUUUUGCAGAGCCUUCUCUUCUUUUCUUUUAUUGCCAGUCAACAUGUCAGGGACCCCCUGAACACAGCCUGCUCACACCACGGAGGCUGCUUUGGUCCAGAGGGCAUGUAGGAGGGGUCUCAGCCCUGUGCUGGGAAGGGCGGUGCUGCAAGCCGCAUGCAGGUCGGGGAUCUGGAGCUGCUCUACCAUACGGAGCAGCUGGGUUGGCUUGAGGGUAGGAGGCAUUGGUCGGUCAGCUCCUAAAGACAGCAAGCGGCCUGUCAUUGGUAAGCAGCAGCAACAGAAAGCCUACCUGUGCUUCAGAAGUGGAUAGCAAACAGCUGUGCGGUCAGGGCAAGACGCACGGGGCAGGCUGCUCAGCUGGAAGCAGGGUGCACACUUGGCCAGUGUCUCCCCUUUUCCGGCAUGAGUUUUUGCAGUGGCAGAUCUUGGUUGUCAACUUGACUACAGCUGGAGUGAACUAAAACACAAGCUGCUGGCCACGUCUGUGUGGGGUUUUUGUUUGUUUGUUUUUCAAGACAAGGUUUCUCUGUGUAGCCUUGACUGUCCUGGACUCGCUCUGUAGACCAGACUGGCCUGGAACUCACAGAGAUCCGCCUGUCUCUGCCUCCCUGAGUGCUGGGAUGAUGGGCAUGCGCCACCAGGCUUGUGUAGGAUUUCCUUGAUCAGAGUAUUUGAAGCAAGAAGAGCCACCGUAAACAUCCGCGCCACCUUCUGGUGGGCAGACGGAGGGAAUGGAGGAAGGAGGCUUUCCUGUUUGCCUGCCCUCACGCUCACUGCCACCCGGCUGCAGCAGUCCUUCACCAACUUUAGAGCCUGCUCGCUCAGGAUUUCAGCUCGGACUGAAGACAAGCAGCAACCCUCCCGGCCUUCGGCACCUGUGGGGACUGCUGAGACAUUCAGCCCCUCGGACUGAACGACUUCCAGAUUCUUGGCCUCUGUGGUCUGAGACAGCAUUGUCACAGCCACGGGGCUCAGCGUGAGGCGGGACGGGGGUGAGGACUGCAGGCACCGCCAGUGAGAACAGGCAGCUCUGAGGCUCCAGGCCGAGUGCGCUGAGCAGAGGCCACAGUGGAGAGAGCGUGCUCGGGGCAGGCCAGUGGCAGAACCGGCACAGCACCUCGUCUGUACAAAGUGCAGCUCAGGCAGACGGCCUGGCUUAGAGCUCCAAGUGAGAGCAAGUCAGCCAGCUCAGUGUGCCUCCGCUCAGCCUCACUCCUUACCAAGUGUGAGGACGGGAGGAGGGUGGCGCGCUGGUGGCCGCGUGCAGGAGUCUGGGAAGGGCGGGCAGGAGGAACCCAACCCCGCUGGGUUGCAAAGCUCUUUUCAGGCUGGCGCUGUUCUUCUGGGCCUCUGCAGCAGCUUUGGGGACUUCUCCCCUUCUUUCUCUCUUCUCUAGAUAGCAUCCAAAAAAAACCCUGACCAGAACAAUUGUCUCCUGAGGCCCAUCCUCUGAAUGAGACAUGCUGGCUGACUCCCUAACAUCCGCUGGCCCAUUUCCCAGAAUGUUCUGGGCCCUCCUCCUGCUGGCUGCCUCCCUGGAUGCCUAUCAAAGCUGGGACAACCCCGAGUGCACAGAGCCCGAGGUGACCGCACCCAGAGGCAACCGCGUGGAGAUGGCCUGUAACGUCUCCAACCCCCUGAGAGAUGUCACCAUUGAACUGACUGCCUUCGGGAAAACCAGGGCCAUCUUCAGCCAGGCGCCUCCAGGAAACAACACCAACGAUUUAUGGCAGCUUCGCAUUCAAGGAGGCCAGGCCCAGCUGGUGAUCACAGGUGCCGGGGACAUCCACGCAGGGCAGUACUUGUGGAAGCUGCACGGACUCCAGAAGAGCAGCCAAAAGUUUAUCCUGAAUGUUCCUGGUGAGCAAGAUUUCACCACCACCAACCAGAAAACAAUGAGCUCGCAGGUCACUGCUAGGCACCCACCUUCAGUGAAGCCAGAGGUGAAGGUCUUCAUCGUCGUCGCCAUCAUCAUCAUCGUCAUGGGAUUUGGUUUAUUUGCCUGGUACGAGCACCGCCAUUCCCUGAAGCGCCACGAAGUCCCAGGGUUUUGUACAAGUCAUGGCUCUCCUGGCAGCCCCUACGUGACUCUGCCCUAAGGUCUCCAAGUCCUGCCGCAGAAGUUCUCCAGGGGCCUUGUUAGCGCCAGACAGCAGGCCGUGGAGGACCUCACCUGGCUAUGGCUGAUUGUUAUAUUGUACACUGUGUGUACCCUUGCAUUAGUCAAAUGCUCAUUUCUCUGUCCCCAUUCUGGCUGCAAUCAGACAUGGCAUGCUAAUGGGUAUUCUAAGAGUCUCCUGUCUCAAGUCUGUGUAAACACUGCUCCCCGUGUAUUCUCUGAUUUGUCAACGAAGCUGAUCAGCUAAUAGCUGAACAGAAGAGAGAAUAGGGCUGAACUUCUGUUUCUAGGAAAGCAGGGGAAAGAAUGAUUCUGGUAGGAGAGGUCCCAGGGAGGGAAUGAGAAAACUGCGGGAGCACAGAACGCCUUAGCAGGUCUCAGGGAUUUUGACUGGGAGGUAGUUAGAUUAGCUUAGAGGAUUAAUUCAGACCAAUACUGCUCAGUUAUUGUGCAUAAAAAAAUGUUAAAACUACGGGUUGGAGGAAUAGCUCAUCGGUUAAGAGCACUGGCUGCUCUUCCAGAGGACCCUGGUUCAAUUCCCAGCACCCACAUGGCAGCUUACAACUGUCUGAUCUGUAACUCAAAUUCCAGUGCAUCUGAU